AUGAAAAGAAAGACGGACGGAUGGGUGACAUGUGAAUGUGUUAGUGGCUUUUUGAUUGUGUUACCUUCACGUAGCACACUAACGCAAAAACAUCAAAUAUUGAAAUUAGCUUAUCAAAAUAUUUGCAAAAAAUGUUGGUUAUUCGUUCUUCUUUGGUUAUUUUUUUCGGAAAAAAAGGGUAAACUGAGGCAGAUAGUAGGGAAUAGAUGUUCAGCAUACGUGCUUGCUUCUCGGUAG